GCUGAGCCGUUCGAUAGCGUUUUGCACGUAAGGCUUACGGAAAAAUAAAACGACACAGUGUGCUUUGAUAAAAUAAUUUUUUUUAACUAUAAAAUUGUACCUGCGGUGUUGUUGAUAUCAAAAAAAAAAAUCAUCAUUUCCCCCCGUGCGUACUGGUGGGAGUGCGACCCAGUGGGAGUGCGGGGUUACCGGCCCAAAUAGAGCGCUUGUAGGGGCCGUCAAGUGCUUAAAAUACGGAAUUCGAUUGUUUUGAAUUAAUAUUCUUAAUUGGAAAAAAAUCAACUGCGGUAUGGAUUACAUAAGAGAGUUUGACAUAAGAUUAGACAAGGAAAUGUUUUACGCAGGAGAAAUUCUGGAAGGCCACGUGGUUCUAGACACAAUCGAAAACUUCAAAUUGAAAACCGUUCGAAUCGUCCUCAGGGGCAAGGCCCACGCGGAGUGGCAAGUGCUGGUCAGCGGUGAUCGUUCAGCUAUAAAAGACGAUCAAUACUUCAUCGACAAUCGUUCGUUAAUCUUCGGAAAAGUAGACCGGCAAGAAGGUCCCGCUCCGAUACUGCCGCGCGGAAUUCACCACUUCCCGUUCAAGUUUCAACUUCCUCAGAGCUCGCUGCCUUGUUCGUUCGAGAGCAAACCCGGAUACGUCAGAUACUACAUCAAGGUCACUCUCGACAUACCGUACGCGUCUCCUCCGCAAGGCAUGAAGUACUUCACCAUCAUAGGACCACACAUUGACUGCAUGGACGAUCAAUAUCUGAAGCCAAUUGGUGCGCUGGAAAAACGGACUAAAUGCUGUUUGUGCUGCAAAAGCAACAGAGUGGUAUUGCAGUGUUUACUUGAAAGGUCGGCGUACGUGUGCGGUGAGGCACUGAGGUUAAAAGCCAACAUAAAAAAUCAAAAUGAAAAGGACAUCAGGCUGAAAGUCAGAUUACUGCAGAACGUACACUAUUCGGUGGAACGAGGCAUGCUGGGCGUCCAAAAUCAAAAGGACGUCCAACACUCGGUGUUGGAGUACAUCGGCGAGCCGAUACGAACAGGAUGCGAAUCGCAAUGGGAUUCUGCCGACGGUCUGGUCCUGCCAGUGAUGCCGCCUACAUUGGUCGGCAACUGCAGGCUGUUGCAAAUAUAUUACGUACUCAAGGUGUGCGUGGAUUUGGGUAAGGGAGACGAAGACCUCAACAUAACGUUUCCGAUAACAAUAGCCACUGUGCCGUUCAGGAUACCAAACUGUAACAAGACUCCUCAAAUACAUUACAGUGUCGCGUGCGAUCACGUGGAGGGCGGUAGGUACAUCGGGCCGGAGUUCUUGCUGGGCGGUCACGUUUACGACGGGUCGCAGACCGAACAGAUCGUCCUGUACCGUCCGGUGUACGUGAGCGUACGUCAGCCGAACUGCAACUCGACGUCGGCGGCGGCGGCGGCGGUGACGACAGCGGCGGCGACGACAGCGGCGACGACCACCACGACCACGACGACGACCACGUGAACGAAUGCAAAUCCGACGACGGCGACGCGUUUUCGAUUCAUAUGUUAAUAUAUUAUUAUUAUUAUUAUUAUUUUAGACUGUAGUUUAUUAUUUAUCCGGUCGACGGUAAAAUAUCCGUCGUACGUUUAUUGAGUGUGUGAGAGUGUGUGCGUGUGUGUGUGUGUGCGUGUGUGUGUGUGGGCGCGCGCGUGUUGGGAGGGGUGUGGAGGAUACUAAACUGUAUAGUCCAGACUGCAGACUUGCCAUCCAAAUAUCCAAUAUUAUUUCCUUUAGGUAGGUAGGUACCUACAACAUGGCACCCAAUGGCAGCCCCGUUUAUAUAAUAUAAACAACAAAUGUAUUCAAUUUUCGUGAUCCAAAACGAAUUUCAUAAGUGUGAGCCACCCUAUAUAUAUAUAUAUAUGUAUAUAGCAACCUAAGCAACCUGUAGACUGUAGAGGUUGAAAAACGAAGAAAGGAAAAAAAACACUACCUAGUAAACUAUAAGUUUCCAAGUCAAUAAGCCUUAUUAUACUAACGUACAUUCAUUUAUACAUAUUAUAUGGAUAGAUUAUAAUAUUAAUAAAUUAAAAAUCUUCGUAUAACAUCAAAUACGCUUAGGGCCGUUCUUACAAUGUCCGGUAAAGUGUCGGUUAACGCUAACCGACUGAUAACAGAUUUUUUACCGGCAGAAUUCGGCCGGUUAAGUGUCAGUUAACUUUAACCGGACAUUGUAAGAACGGCCCUUAGUCUGUGACAGCGUGGUGCGGUCUUAACCAUCAGACUUUUUAUCGUCCCUCCUGAAUAAACGAAACUGUAUUUCACAAUAUUUAAACAUUUUUGUAGGCAUGCGGUGACACCAGACCGAGAAUAUACAAUAAACACUAUUAUACGAGUCCCGUGUACCUGCUACGACUACUAACCAUCCUCCGCCCCGGAAUAAUACUAAUAUUCCUGCCCAUAUCAUGCUCUUACUCGCCGAUAAACGCAGAGCCAGAACCCAAUGGCAUAGAUUUAAAUACCCAUCGGACAAAGCAACGUUUAAUUAUCUGAAAAAUAAACUAAACAAAGCUAUUCAUAAACUCAAAAACGAAAGCUAUCAAAACUACAUCCAAAACCUCUCAACUAAAGACUCAUCUUUAUGGAAGGCCACUAAAAAAUUAAUCCAUCACAAGCUACCAUCCCCCCCACUCCGUAUGCCAAACAAUUCGUGGGCCUCCUCUGACUCCGAUAAAGCCAGCAUUUUCGCCGAACACUUAGCUAACGUUUUCAAACCACAUAAUAUCAUCCCAAAUAAAAUUCAUACUCUAAAUAUUACUAGAUUUCUUGAAUCCCCUCUCCCCAUGGCCCUCCCUGCCAAACAUACUAGCCCGGGUGAAAUUCAAUACAUCAUCCGCAAACUCCCAACCAAAAAAGCCCCUGGGCACGACCUAAUAAGCAACUUAGUUGUCAAACACCUCCCUGAAAAAUCUAUCAUUCUUUUAGCACUAAUUUUCAACUCUAUGUUUCGUUUAUCCUACUUUCCUACAGCCUGGAAACAUUCAAACAUAAUCCAAAUCCUAAAACCGGACAAACCGCCUGAUAUCCCGUCUUCCUAUAGACCAAUCUCUCUCCUCCCCACAUUCGCAAAAAUUUUUGAAAAAAUACUCCUCAAAAGGCUUCUUCCACUAUCGGACAAACUCAACAUCAUCCCAAACCACCAAUUUGGAUUUAGGUCCAAGCACUCCACCAUCCACCAACUCCACCGCACUGUCGACUUAAUCUCUACCAGCAUGGAAUCAAAACUUUACUGUGCGGCUGUACUCCUUGACGUGGCUCAGGCCUUCGACAAGGUGUGGCAUGAAGGACUUCUCUUCAAACUCAAAAAAUUCCUCCCUGCCCCCUACUACCUUCUCUUAAAAUCAUACCUCGAAAAUCGCACCUUCUGUGUCCGCGUUAACAACAGCUACUCAUCAAACUUCCAAAUACUAGCUGGAGUCCCUCAAGGAAGUGACAUAGCUCCCUUCUUAUACUCUAUAUUCGCCCACGACACUCCGACCUCUCCCCAUACAUCACUGGGUACAUAUGCUGACGACACGAUAAUCCUGGCUUCAAACCAUGACCCCCAGGUAGUAUCUCUCCGGCUACAAAAUCAUCUCAACUCGAUUCAACUAUGGUCAAACCGCUGGAAGAUCAAAAUUAAUGAAGCUAAAUCAUCCUUUAUCACUUUCUCUCUUAGACCAGGGGACUGCCCCUCUGUAUCGUUUAAUAAUAAUCAAAUCCCAAUCACCCCGACAAUAAGAUACCUAGGUUUGAUCUUUGACAGGCGCCUCACAUGGGCCCAACACCUUAAAAUAAAAAGAAAAACAGUCAACUCCAGACUCCAUUUACUCCGCCCACUUCUUAGAUCCAAGACAUCAUUAAAAAAUAAACUAUUAAUAUACAAAACCAUCAUCAGACCUGUUUGGUCCUAUGGCAUCCAGAUUUGGGGCUCUGCCAAACCCUCCAACACGAGAACAAUCCAGGCAUUCCAGUCUAUCUGUCUGAGGCAAAUUGUCUCUGCUCCAUGGUUUAUCACAAAUAACAAUCUCCACAAAGAUCUAAAUAUUCCAUCGCUCUCUCAAUUAACAAAGUCUCACUACGUCUCCUUUCAUUCCAAGUUAAUCCAACACUACAAUCCAUUAAUAAAACGCAUAUCUUCUCUAACAAUCCCUGAUAACCCCCAGAGACGCUUAAAACGCUCCUGGCCUAGAGACCUUCUAAUUUAAUCUGUCGGGUGGCACUACUGAGUGCCCUCCCCUAUCUGUUAUUCUCGACAUGUAUAUACUUUAUCUAAAUUACUUAUUGUACCAAAUUGUAUAGAUUGUAAUUAUAUUUUAAAUAAAAAAAAAAAAAAAAAAAAAAA